AUGGUCGCUCCUCAGGUGUCACCGCUACGGGCUCGAAGCUCCUAUGCCCAAUAUGCAGCGAAGAAAUGCUCAAUCGGUAUGCUUUCUGUAUUUCGAAAAUCCAAAAAGAAACUCACUCUUAACAGACAUCUCGAUGAUAACCACCAAGAACUUCCGGAACUAGAACAAGAUGAGGUGAAGAAUUGGUUCGACAAGCAGGUUAUAAAGGCGAAGAAGUUUCAACCAUUAGCGGUGAUAAACCAGAAACUCAAGGGAUUAGACGUUUUCGAAUCCAAUGAUGCACCAACGUUCUCGAGUCCAAUACCAAAUACUCUUUCUGGAAGUCGCAUAACGCCCGAGUCAGUCCGACUAGAUCCUGACGAAGUAAUCACAAGAACACAUUGGCAGAAAUCUGGAUUUAAUGACACAUGCACGGAGCCAAUAUGCGGGAAAAGACUUGGUGCAGUCAAUGGAAGCGUUAAUUGUAGGAAAUGCGGCCGUCUAUUCUGUGAGGACCACACCAUGUACCAAAUUAAACUCUCGAGGUCGGCACAACAUGAACCUGUGCGGGGAUUAUGGUGUAGGGUUUGCGAGACUUGUUUUAAGUCAAGAGAGGGAUAUAAUGAUCAUAAUGGGUUCCUUCGAGAUCACACGAACGAAUUCAUGGCAAUGCGAAGGAAGCAUGUGGAUAAGGCGUAUCUGGAAAUUUCGAGAUUGGAAAAGCGACUAAGUAAAUUGACCCAAUUGCUUGCGAAUCCACCCGAAGACAUGGUUAGCAAUGGGACUUUGUUAUCCCUAGCAGGGCAAAAGAAUCCACGCAAAAUAUUGGAGCAAUCAGUAGUAACCUGGGAAGAAGAUGCAAAGGUUCCAAAAUGUCCUUUUUGCCAACAAGAAUUUGGUUCAUGGUCAUUUCGGCGGCAUCACUGUCGGCUAUGUGGACGGGUUGUCUGUUCAGAUCCUAAAACCGGAUGUUCGUCCGAAAUUGGACUGAAUGUCACAGCAAAAAAACAUACGGAGAAUUUCAGUCUCGAUAUUCGGAUGUGUCGCGACUGCAAAACGACGAUCUUUUCUAAGAAGGACUUUGCAGCUGAACUCAUGAAGAAGACACCUUCACAGCGGGCUUAUGAAAACCUCGUACAAUUUGAGAAAGGUAUUCGUCUACUGCUACCCAGUUUCCAGCGUCUAUUAGUUGCGCUUCAAGAUCCAGAUAAACCUCCUUCACAUGCCCAACUUGCUGAAGCAGCCAAGGUCCGAAAGAGAUUAAUAGAUAGUUUUGGAAAAUAUGAUCAAGCUGGAAGACGCAUACGUGACUUGCCAACAACCUCACCCACUCAACAAAAAAUUCAAAAGGCUAUCUACCAGCAAUCUUCUAGCUUUCUCCAUCUCCACAUGCUACCCCUCAAAUCUCUUCCCAAAGUUCUGAAACAUGCCACACCUUCCUCUAGUCACUCAUCCUUCCGACCCCAAAACGGGCGCUCCGCUCUCUCAAAUAUCAAAUACAAUGACACCGCUACAGAAACCUCGUCACAGAUAUCAGAUAUGAGUCAGAUAUCCCAAAUGGAACAAGAAGAAAAGGAGUUGAGAGAAAGACUAAUAGUAUUGGAAGAACAAAAAUUCUUCGUCCAGGAAAUGGUAGCCGAUGCAGGAAAAAGAAGGAAAUUUGAUGAAGUGGACGCUUUAAGAACUAAUUUAACUGAUAUGCAGAGGGAAAUUGAUAACGUUAAUGGAAUGAUCGAACAAUUGGAUUUUGAGGGCGUCUAUAGGAGGGAGAUGGAAGGGGGUGGAAAUUCGGGUGUUUUGGGAUUAGGGAGAUGA